AUGGACCCCUUAAUUGCCCGCGAGCUGUCCAAGCUCGAACCCGCGCUCCCAUUCCGCGCUUCCACCGACUACCUGCAUCACACUUGGGCCAAGACAUUCUUCUCCCGGCCCGAGCUCUACAUUCGCCCUCAAUCAAUCCCCGAAAUCCAGCAGCUGGUGACACUCGCCCGUCGCUGUCGUCGUCGCCUUGUCACUGUCGGCAGUGGCCACUCCCCCUCCGACCUUACCUGCACAUCCUCAUGGCUCGUCAAUCUCGAUGACUUCAACCAGAUCCUGCAGCUCGACACCGCUACCGGCCUGGUCACCGUUGAGGCAGGCAUUCGAUUGAGUGAACUGGGAGCGCGACUGGAGGAGCAAGGAUUGACACUGAAGAACCUGGGCAGCAUUGACAGUCAGUCAAUAGCGGGAGUUAUUGCGACGGGUACACACGGCAGCUCGCUGCGUCAUGGACUGCUCUCGGAGUGCAUAGAGGAUCUGAGCCUGGUGCUGCCUAAUGGUCAACUAGUGCGCUGCAGCGCAACCAACAACCCGUCUCUGUUCCGUGCGGCGCUCGUUUCCCUGGGCGCAUUAGGAAUCAUCGUCGAGGUGACUUUCAAAGCGAGACGAUCAUUUAACAUAGCAUGGCGCCAGGAAAGAUAUACGCUGGCGAAGGUACUGGAAGAGUGGUCCACCGGAUUGUGGACAUCGCAUGAGUUCGUCCGUGUCUGGUGGCUGCCCUAUGAAAAAGGCGCGAUUGUCUGGCGCGCGGAUUCGACCAAUCUUCCGCUGCGCGCACCGCCGAAGAACUUUUACGGCGACUGGUUCGGAUACCACGUCUACCAUAAUCUGCUUGCGCUGUCUUCUUACGUUCCGCGCAUUCUACCAUGGGUGGAGUGGUUCAUCUUUGGCAUGCAGUACGGUUUUAAGGCAGGGACCACCGUAACCGAGGCAGUUGAGCCAGCCCGUACGGGCCUGCUGAUGAACUGCCUGUACUCGCAGUUCGUUAAUGAGUGGGCGCUGCCCUUAGAGAAGGGACCCGAAGCGAUUAGCCGCCUCUCUGCAUGGCUCCACGGCGAUCUCAAGGCUUCGGGCAUUCCAUUCCCCACCAAGGGUUUGUGGGUGCACUGCCCGGUCGAGGUGCGAGUGUCAGACUCGACUAACAACCCCAACCCACGCCCUUUCCUCGACCCGACCUGCCAUGACGGGCCCACUCUAUACCUGAAUGCAACUCUCUACCGGCCGUAUCUCCGUGAUCCGCCGUGUAAGCAGCGGUACUAUGAAGCGUUCGAAUGGCUCAUGCGGGACAUGGGCGCCAAACCUCACUGGGCCAAAAACUUCAAUACUCUCGACUCCACAGAACUGGGCAUUCUAUACGCCGAGGACAUGGAUGAGUGGUUGAAGGUGCGGCAAGAGGUUGACCCAGAGGGCAUGUUCCUGGGUGAAUGGCACCGCCGCAAUCUGCCCCUCCUCGACCUGAGCGAACAAGGAACCCGUGACCGAAGCGAUCGGCUGCCUCUACUCGAGCGGGAGAGUGAGCGUCGCACGCUCAACAUCAGCGGCGCGGGUGACGGGGUCGAAUGGGUUGGAGAUCGCCUCACGCAAGGCCACGGCGAGCGUCGUUUCUCGCACGAAAGCAGGGACGAGGAGCCGAACCACUCAGCGCCGAGUCCCCCAACCACGGCUACCAGUGAGGAGAGUUUCGACCUGCUUGCAAAGGGCGAAGCCAGCAUCUUGCUCGAUGCGAACCCCGGGCUGUGA